AUGGUGCUGGUUCCCAGCGGCACGUCGGUGCGCGUCCUGUGGGGUAUGUGGCUUCUGGCGGCGCUCAUCGUCGGCUCAGUCUACCGCUCCAACCUGAAGGCCAUGCUGAUCCUGCCGAAGCUGCGCUUGCCCUUUGACAACCUGCACGAGCUCACACAGACGGACAUUCCCUGCUUUGUUCCUGCUGGGAGCGCCCUUUUGCAUAUCAUUCUGAGUGCUCCACCCGGAUCGCAACUGCACAAAUUGCACAAGCAACUUCGUGUCUCAAAUAACGUUGAGAGGGUGGUACAGGGUAUCAUGGACGGACAGUUCGCCGUCUUCAGCAGUGAACAUAUACUAAACUUUGUCAUUCAUCUGACUUUCUCGCGUACACAAUCCUGCCCUCUGUACUAUGCUUCUGAAACCUUCUUCGGCGCAACGAGCCUCAGCCUCGCUUUCCCCAAGGGCUCUCCUCUGAAGAAGAAGAUUGACCCCAUCCUCUAUAACUUGCAAGAGUUUGGCAUCUUGAACAAGCUCUAUGAGGACGGCGUGCAAAACCUAAGGGAGUGCCUCAAACAGGCGUCGUCCAAUUCACUGCGGUCAUUUGACCUUAUCGACUUCUAUGGCAUUUUCUGUGUCUAUUUGGGAGGUGAGUCUUGCACGUGGGAUGAAUAA